CCUCGUUUGAAGUAACAAGCUACGAGCAUGCGCAAUCACUUAAGCCAGAAAGAGCUUUCGUCCCAACUUUUCGAAACUGCUCCAAGUUGCAGGAAAGUCGAAGGGAAUAACCAUGAAUUACUUAAAUAAGCACAAGGAGUUGAUUCCACUUUUUGCUGUCACUGGUAUAGGCAUGGUAGGAGCUGGAUAUUAUCUUGCAAGAUUAGCCUUAAAAUGUCCUGAUGUGAGUUGGGAUAGGAAAAACAACCAACAUCCAUGGCUCAAGAUAAAAUCAGGAGAAAGCAUCAAGUUCUUUCAACACAAAGACAUAACCAAAGUUAUGGAUCACAUGCAGGCCCGCCCAGAGGAGGUUAAAAAUAUAUGAAGCAAAAAUGAAAUUGUAAAAAGACAUUUGUUACAACAGUUUUAAGGAGCAGAAAGUUUUAGAAAGCAGUGGUGUGUGACCCUGUUAUGUCAGUUAAUUUUUUGUCAUUGUUGAAAUUUUUCAACAAUGGCAUUCAAGUGAAUUCAAUAAAUUGUCUUGAUGA